UGACCUUUGUCUCCUCAGGUUGCCUGCUAUGACCAGGACGUGGUGACGGACAUGGAGGCGGAGCCAAAGGAUCUGGGGGCGGAGCAUCACGCCACCCAGACCUUGACGUUCACGGACAGCAUGGGCGAGGUGAAGGACGAGCAGGCGCCCGGCUGGUCUGCGGCCUCCACCGACAUGAAGUUCGAGUACCUGCUGUACGGCCACCGGGAGCCGCUGGCCUGCCAGGCGUGCGGGAAGACCUUCGUGGACGAGAGCCGGCUCAGGAAACACGAGAAGCUCCACUCGGCCGAGCGUCCGUUCGCCUGCGAGAUCUGCUCCAAAGCCUUCACCACCCACGCUCACCUGAAAGAACACCUGAAGAUCCACACGGGCUUCAAACCCUACCGCUGCGAGGUCUGCGGGAAGUCGUUCAUCCGAGCUCCUGACCUGAAGAAACACGAGCGGGUCCACAGCAACGAGCGGCCGUUCGCCUGCCAGAUGUGCGACAAGGUGAGUGCAGAUCCAAGAUGGCCGUUCGCCUGCCAGAUGUGCGACAAGGCCUUUAAACAUAAGUCCCACCUGAAGGACCACGAGAGGAGACACCGAGGAGAGAAACCCUUUGUCUGUCCGUCCUGCACCAAGGCCUUCGCCAAGGCAUCCGACCUGAAGCGUCACGAGAACAACAUGCACAGCGAGAGGAAGCAGCUGAACCCUCUGCAGAGCGACACCGAGACGCUGCAGGCCGCCGCCAUGGCGGCCGAGGAGCAACAUCUGGAGAACAUCAGCUGCUCCUAACAUCAGGAGAACGGCGGCUGAUCCCGACGCCCGGAGAACGGCGGCUGAGGAACUUCUGGUUGAAGUGUAUUUAUACCAAAUGACAGUGAGGUUGCGCGCGUCAGACGUCACGGCGGCGUCCCGCCUGACCUCCGGGUGACCCGAGGAUCCCUGUAGCUUCGGUCUGAACCGGACAGGAACGCCCGUAUUUAGACGGAUUUCCGCUGGGCUCAGUUUCAUGAGCAGAGCGGCGGGUGAUGAUGUCAUCAGAAAGGAGACGUGAUGAAAUAAAGGUUUUAAUGUUUUCCUAACUGGGUGUGAUGCUUCCUGCUGCCCUCAGCUCUGUCUGCCAGGCUUCACUGGCUCUACCCUGCAGGAACCGACAGUGACCAGCAGGCGGAGACA